GUUCGUGGUGAGUUCGUCAGCUGUUGUAUUUUCGUAGUUGAUGAGCCUUGCAACACUUGUGCCGAUGGAGGGUGGCGGCGACAACAGACGUGCAAAGUUGACGAUGAUCGAGAAGAUGGUUGCGACGGCAACUGUGAUGACCGUGCUCUUUUGUUGUCAGCAAGAGAGGUCAUUGGGUAGAAUAAGAGCGCAGAUCCACGUGCAGAUGAGGAAGACACUUCAUCAAGUCCCGGUCGAAGGGCUGGAUACCGUGACCAGCACCGAGGUUGUAGUUCAGGUUUGGUGUUCUUCCAUGAGUGACCUCGAGGUGGUGGAUGAAAAGGAGGAUGGGGGGGGGCGUGGGAGGAUCUUAGGCAAUGCGACGACACGACAGAGGCAAUGCGACAACAAAACGGAGGCAAUGCGACGACGUGAUGGAGGCGUCGAGGAUGCACAUGUGGAAAAGGAGGACCACGACAAGCAAAAUCGCAACUACGAGCAGCAACGGCAGCCUUCCAUAGAGGUUGGUUAUCAACAACAUGUACGACAGGGCCGUAACUCCACGACGACGAUCGAGGUCCGCCAAACGGCGACGAUGAAGGGAGCAAACGGAGACGAGAGGAGACUGCGGAGAGAGUCUAGAGAGAGAACAACGACAAGAAGAGCGAGGGUCGCUGAGGAUAGUGUCAGGUCUAGGAUUACAGCUAGCACCGGUACGACCAUGGCUACUUCCUCUACCAUGGCAGAGGCCUCUUCACAGACCACUUCGCCAGGAGUUAGUCAGAGUGGUUCUCGGGUUUCCAUUAGCCAGAGUGUUGGCUUGCAAGUCAGCCAGCAGACUCAACUCACGCCGGAGGAUUAUGAGAUCCUCCAAGCAGAAGAACUUCAGGAUGAGUUGCAGCGGCAGUUGGAUGAAGCAGCAGAGAGGAGAAGAAGAGCUAUAAUGAGGAAAGCUAGACUAGGCAGUAGAUUGCAGGAGCUAAGCAGAUUAGAAGCACUAGAUGAGUCAACACUUGACUCUGCGAUGCGAGCACUGCGUAACUCGCUCCUGUGUGUGGCGGAGACGCAGGUUGUUCAGCAGGAGGUGUUGGAUGAACUAGUGGCAGGCCAGAAGCGAGUUCUGGCUGCAUUACAGGCUCCUCAUCCAGUGAUGAGACAACCUCAGUUUGUUGUAGCUCCCCCUUCGGGUACGGGUCCAUCAGUGACGCUGCCGCCGGUAGGGCUUUCAUUCUCACCUAUGUUUGGCAUGCCCCCUCCAGGUGGUUAUGUAGCAACUAGUGGUCCGGUUCAUAGAGUCUCAGCCGUACCAUCGACGACAGUGGUUACUACAGUCCCACUGUCAAGCCAGGCCCAAGUUAGUGUGCAGCAACCUGUUUCGGUGGCUAUGCAGCCACUGCAGCAAUCCCCUGGGCCAAUGCAGCCUAUGCAGUGGAUGCCCAAAAUACCCUUGCUGAGUCCUAAGCCCUUCUCCGGUGACAGGAAGAAGGAUGAGGACUUGGACACCUGGGUAAGGACGGUGCCUACCUAUGUGAGGCACAAACUUACCAGGCCGCAUCAAGAAGUUGUAGUGGCUGCCUCCUUUCUAGAGGGGUCGACAGCCCGCUGGUUGAAUGGCCUAGUGCAGCAGCAGGGCUACGGUCAGAACUUCGAUGCCUGGGCCCAGGCCCAAACAUUGGAAGAGUUUGUACGGUCCAUGUAUAAUAGGUGGCAUGACCUGCAAGGGGCUCAAAAGGCCACAGGCGCGAUCAACAGUCUUUGUGCCAGAAGGUACAUCAAUGUUAGAGAGCUCACGGGUACCGUAGAACGUCUGCUCGUGGUACCUGGUGUACGCUAUGACCAGCAGGUACUCCUUACGGAUUACCUUAGAUGUCUACCUUCAGAGGUUAGGACAAAUCUAGUAGAUGAGGCUUAUGUCGAACAGCACAACUUCGCUUCAUUCAGCAAGAAAACCUUAGACAUAGAGGCAAAAUUGGAAUCUGCGCAUCAAAGUCAGGGAGAUGGUAGGAAGAAGAGACUUCCCCAAGACUGGAAGAAGAAGGGUCGGUUAAUGUUUGUUGACCACGAUGGUCAAACAACGGAGAUUGACGAGUUCCCAGACCUUGGGGAGGAGACAAAGCACGAUGGGGCCAGCGAGGCUUCAGAUGGGGGAGUCGUGGCACCCAUCAAAGAAAAGGCUAGGGGGACCAGGAAGAAGAAGGUAGGCCGGUCUACGGGUCAGGGCGACCAAGGCACGCCCACUUGGGUAAAACUUGGUUUAGAGUAUGAGGUGUGGAGGGACCGAGUUGCUAGGGGCACGUGCAUGAACUGUGGCAACUAUGGCCACACGUCCCGAAGUUGCCGAGGCAAGAAAGUCCUAACAAGGGUAGCCUCUCCAACGGUGGUGAGACUAUCUUCGAACCCUGACGGUGUUUCUACAGCACUUCGCAGGGAAACACCUCAGGCCAGUAGGACUGGCCAUGGCAGCACUCCGCGGCGCAUGCUCACUCGCUCACAGACAGCAGGGAUGGAGCAGAAGCCAGGCGAAUCUGACGAGGCCUAUGAGACACGGAUGAUGGCCAUGAUGGCCGAAAGCAAGCAGCAGGUAGAAGCAGCAGCAGCUGCACGAAAGAAGAAGGCAGAGGCAGAGAGGCUGCGUCUUCUGGCAGAAGAACAACGGCAGAAGCACGCAGCAGCAGCAGCUAAGGCCGCAGAUGAAGAACGCGUACGGCGACGGGAGCUUCUAUUCAAGGAGGAGAAUGCGGUACACACGCAGGCCAAGGAUUGGCAGAAGGAGGCCGAGAGUGGGGAAUCCGAUGACUACGUGAACAAGCUAUCUCAACUGCUCAACCGCGUCUCGGACCUUCUCGCUACGUGCAUUGCACAACAGGAGGACACUCACUCUCUCGACCACACCAACCAAGCGCUACAGCAGUCAGUGGAUCGGCAGACCAAGCGUGUACAUCAGCUGGAGCAGCGACCCGUCGCUACCUCCAGCGUUGGCCCCUCCGACCUCGCCGAUCGUGUAAAAGUCUUGAAGAUAGACGUGGAAACACUCAAGACCGGGGAACAGCGGCUGGAGCAGCAGGUUUGUGCAGCAACAGUUGGCCCUAGCAUGUCGUCACCCGAGAGCAUUCCCAAAUUUGACGGGCUUCCGAUCUUCUGUGCCUAUACACUUUUGGCGCCAGUUCGAGCUCAAGUUGGGCAUCCACAAGGUCGGCGGCAACAAUCGACACGCAUACUUGUACUCACGGUCAGGAGGUGUGUGUCAAGCAUGGCUGACAACAUGCUGUCCGUACACGUGUGCACAAUCUUCGAGUUCUAUAACUUCAUCACCUGGACCAAUCUCACAGCAGCAUGGCAGAAACGUUUCCAAGUGGAACCGCCCGAGCAUCAGGCGAUGGACAAGCUGCUGACAUUCUCUCAUAACAUCAUCCCAAGUGGAGACUGGAUAUCUGAGUUCCAACACUUGGUGAGCACGCCGAAACUGCCGAUGACCUUCGACGACAUUAAGCUCUACUUCAUCAACAGGUCGUGCCUGGCGUUACAAAAUGCGUUGACUCAAGUCGCUGAGAGCCUCAACACAAGUGAGGAACUCUUCAACAAGGCCGCGCAGAUCAUUGUGACGAAUAUGGAAGCCAAGAAUAUUGGUCGUUCGUCGACUGUCGGCCAGGGCGCGUAUCAGCAUCGGCCGAAAGUGGCCGUGGUCGCAGCAGCAAUGCCGAGCAACCCCUCAACGUCAAACGACACUGCCUCUUCUGACGAGGGAGACAGAUUAGCAGCUGCCCGGAACGGUGGCCGCCCCGCCAAAGGACGAGGUCGCGGCAAAACGAAGACAAACACCAUUUCUUCCAGGCCUGGACAGGCAGCUCCAGCUCAAGAACCUUGGACACAUUGUGGUCUUACGGAGCCCGGGUAUCGCGUCUGUAGCGGACCUCUGGUUGGCCUGUGAGACCAGCCCUUUGGCCUGUUCUCACAAGCCUGUGUUGUAUUCCGGGUAGUCAUGUCCAGGCCGGUACCUCUGUCG